CGCGCCUUUUUCGCAGACAACACAAAGUAUGAUACCGGUAAGGAAGGGAAAAAAUAGAAAUCAUUUCACUACGAGUUGCUAGAGUUCCCGAGGCAUUGCGCGCCACCUAAUACAACGCUCACAAUCAGCAUCCAAACUCCACGCAUUGAUGGAUGAUUCAUAGACCACUCCCUCCUCCCCGAACUCCCACCUGCGUUUUUCUGCCUUCGCCAAGACGCUCAAGCCACCACAUGUCACCCGGGGACAAGACGGACGACAACGCCGGCUGGCACUGGUGUGGGCGAACCACGAUAAUCAGGAGAACAACCUGAGUCUGAAUAUCCGCUCGCACCACCCCCUUCAAACCAUCACCAGGAAAACUUGAUUCAUUCUGGCCCUUUGCUGGAGGAAGCAAACAACUACGAAAAACGAAACGGAAAGAGGGAAAAAGAAGGAAACAUCAGACGAAAGAGUCCUUCUCAACACCGCGCGGGGAAACAGCGAGAGUGAGAAUUUCGAGGCAUCCGACCACCCUUUAGGCAUCCAGCGAGAGAGCGGUUCGACGAGGGAUAUGAUAGGGAAAUAGAAUUUUACCCUCAGCAAAAGUGCCCUUUAGCGAUCGAAUCGAAGGAGACCCUAAUCCCUUGCUCCACCAUCUUGACUUCUUCUAUUUCUAUCUAUGAUAAACGUCCGCGACUUCUUCUGUUGCCAAGUUUUUUUUUGUUGAAACUACUUCUACUUCCACCACCACCACGCCCCCUCCGCUACCAUAACUGAUUGUCACUAUCAUCGGCAAAAUUAUGAACUCGGUCAUGUCACCUCCAGCUACAAAACCACCCCGCCGUCGCGGUCCCAGAGGAAGCAGAAAACACGGUAAUAACACUAGCGGAGACCAAGAUGUCACCAAUCGCCAACCAACCGCCAAUCACUCCUCGGGCACUCCCCGCUACACCCCGUCAACGGCCGCCCCUCCCAGCGCUCCUCAGCGCCAGCUCUACAUUCCACCCCCGCGCACCCCUUCCAUUCCGAAGGUCCAAAUCUUGAAGCCCUCCACUGCACCUCCUGCACCCCCUCCCCCUCCCAUAGCUCCAGCCGCCAGAACCACUUUGAUGAUCCGUGAGCGGCAGCCCCCACCAGCACCAAUUCAAACCCGCCCCCCGCCCGAAACCGCCACCAUCGCCGUGGUGGACGAUGACCACGGCAACGACAAAUCCUCCCUCCCAGCAUCACCACCACCACUUGCGUCCCCGAAACCAGCACCUGCGCCGCCCCCACCACCACCUUUUGAAACCCCAGAUCACAAAUCCCUAAUCCGGGAUCGCCAGGCCCAGAUAGCCGCAUACCUAUCUCGCUGGGACGCGCUUUUCGCUCUCGCGUCAGCAAAAGAUGCUCACGAUGCUGAACCAAAUUCUGGAAAGCGCUUGCCCUGGCCCAUUGAGAAUAACAGUGUUGACGGCGCGGGGUGGAGACCUUGGGGGGAGUACUUGCACACGGGACAUGGGGGGACUUGAAAGAUUUUACCCUAUUCUCUUCUCUUUUCUUUUCCCCACCCGAUAACUUUAUGGAGGAAAUUUGAUUGAUUGACCGGCCGGUUUUUUACUUUUGAGAAAUGGCUUGGAGUUUAACUCGCCGUGCGAAGGUUAAGAAAUGGAAGGAAGGGAGGGAAAUGGGGUGGUGGAAUGACGGCUUCGAACACGGAAGGCGUUCGUUUUCUUUACACUGAGUGGCUCGGGAAUUACAAUGAACCGUGGACCGCGGCGGGGAGUGUAGGGAAGGGAAGUGGUGGGAACGGACAUUUCUUUGCAGUGAUGGUUCUUUCUUUUUCGGUGAUGAUGCGCGGGGUUGAUUUGUUUUUUGUUGGAGGUUGGAUUGCCCGGGGAACGAUGAGUGAGUAGGGAUAGGCAGGAAGGGAAGGAAGGUUGGUUUAUCCU